AUGACAAGCACCGAUCAAUCGCUAAUACUUUCCACACUCGUCGCCUUGGCCAGCGCACGUCCAGGCUAUCUGCAUGGUCACUAUCCACACAUUGACUACCCACUGCUGCAUCAUCAUCAUCAUCACGAACCAUUGCAUGUGACUAAAUUGGUGCAUAUACCAGCUGCCAUUUCACAUCAAAGUUCAACGGUGAUCCACAGUGCGCCCAUCAUCAAGCCAAUUGUAGUGCCAGUGCUGAAGACAAUUGUGCAUCCCAUUGUGAAGACAUAUCAUGCAGCGCCUAUAAUCAAAGCCUAUCAUCCCAUAGCUUUUGAUCCUUACCAUCAUCAUUACGAUCAUCAUGACUUUCAUCAUUACCAUUGAGGGGAAAGGAAACACUUAACCACAAAAAGAAAACAAAAAUAUUAAUAAUAACAAAAGCGACUUCCAUGAGGGAGAUAUAUCCCAAGAAUUCGCGCUCAAUUAGGAUGUGUGGAGAGGCUAAUAUAAAUGACUAAUUUUUACGAGAGCUAAUCUUUCUUUAAUUUUGCUAUAUUUUCUGUUGAACGUUGCGUGGAAACUUGUCACAUUAUUUCUAAUAAAUUUUCAUAAUUUCAAAAUAGAUGUUUGUACAUAUAGCACAAA